AUGUUUCUGAGUUCUCUCUCCAUGCUCUCUUCUUUGGCCGUCAGGGGCAGCGAGGUCUUGAAGGGGUCGCUUGAUUUGAUUCCCGGCAACUUGACGGGGCAGUUCACCAUCCCCGAGUUAGGAAAGAGUGUGACCGGGGAGACGGCCAUGUUGGCAUUGAACAAUGAUGUCGCCAUCCCUGCCAUACUGUUGAGUAACCUUGUCCAUCCUCUGAACGUGGUGGCGCCGUCACUAGCUCUUGAUGUGACAGCGGAUCAUGCUUUCCCAGCUUUCAGGAGUGGCGCUGUGAAGGCUGCAAGCAUAGAAGCCCUAGCUCCCGCUCUCGGCCAACUAAUAGGGCUUGCCUCCUUAGAUAUGUCGGGCACCUACCUUUGGGAGGCGGGGUGGACAGCGCUGGCGCCGGAGCUGGUUAAGUUGACAAAGCUUGAAAAUUUGUACCUAGCAGUCAACGAUGUUCCGGCAACAGGCCUGGCAAAUCUGGAUGAGAUCGUUGGGCUCACUGACCUGGACCUAACAGCCACCCAAAUUGGUGAGGCAGGUGCCGUGGCGCUGGCUCCAGUGCUGGGCAAGUUGAAGGAGCUCACCUCCUUAUCCCUGCACAGCAACAAUGUUGGAGAUGCUGGCUUGAUAGCUUUGGCACCAAUGCUGGGCAAGCUAUCCUGGAUCCUCUCCCUGAACCUGCAGAACAAUCAACUUGGAGAUGCCUGUAUUGACGCCCUGACCCUGGAGAUGGACAAGCUGACGGGGCUCAGCUCUAUCAAUCUGGGAUCCAACAAGUUUAGUGAUGCGGGCCAGGUGGCCCUGGCGCUGGAGCUGAGCAAACUGAGGAGACUAAGAUUCGUCAAUCUGGGGUAA